AAAGCCACGCCCUCUCCUGGAUGACAACUCCCAGGUAAAAGAAGAAGGAAGACAGGAUCUGCAGGUUUCAUUAAUAGAGUAUCUUGUUUAAGAAAACCCACACAAGUCACACGGACCUGUGGGAAGCGUGUUUCUAUUUUUUUCUUUUUUCUUCCCACGAGAGGGGAGGAUCUUAAACGCAGCUCAGAGAGUGACAAACAGUAUCAACACAAGGAGAGGACAGAGACUCUCUGUCUGCAGAAAGCCUCACUAAAGUCCCCAAAACUCGGAAUAACUCAACACUACAACAAAGGCACACCAUGGAGCGAUACGACAACCUGGAUCUGGAUCUGGAGUGUGAUGGAGGAGGAGGAGGCGUAGCUGAGAAAGCAGCGUUAUUUGGUGGGAUGUUCAAGAGAUCAUCCAAGAUUGUAGAACCAUCAGCCCCAGCACAGGAAGGUUUAUCAGCCAGCAGCGAGCUCUCAAAGAGCAGUGACAGUCUGACUGACAGCAGCACCAAGGAGAAAGGCAAUGUGUUCAAAGACAUGUUCAAGAAGACAACCAAAUCUAACAAAGAGGGCCAGCAACAGGACUCUCUCUCACUACAAAAUGUUGAGCUGUCUGCCAGCAGUGAAAACGUCACAGAAAACAAACCUUCAAAGGAAAAGUCGAACGUGUUUAGCGGGAUACUGAAACGACAUGCCCGGAGGCCUUCACAGGAUCUUUUGGACAUUGAGCUCACAGGCAGCAGUGAAAGUCUGUCUGACAAAACGACCACUAAAGAGCCAGGAGGAAAGUUCGGUGGGAUGUUUAAAAAAGCACACUUUGGAGCAAGAACACAAUCUCAGGAGGAUUUGUCUGCACCCACUGAGCGCUCGGGCAGCAACAAUGAUCUGUCUGUCAGCAACAACACUAAGGAAUCAGGCAACGUGUUCAGCGGCAUGUUUAAAAAAUCCCCAAAGCCAUCCAGAGCAAAGACACAAUCUCAGGAGGAUCUGACUGCACCCACUGAGCUGUCAGGAAGCAACGAUAAUCUUUCUGUAAACAGCAACACUAAGGAGACCGGAGGAGUGUUCAGUGGGAUGUUUAAAAAAUCCCCAAAGCUUUUCGCAAGAGCGCAAUCUCAGGAGGAUUUGACAGCUCCCAGCGAGCACUCAGGCAGCACUGACAAUCUGUCUGUGAACACCAACACUAAGGAGUCUGGAGGAGUGUUCGGUGGGAUGUUUAAAAAAUCCCCAAAGCCUUUUGCCAGAGCACAAUCUCAGGAUGAUUUGGCUGCACCCAGUGAACUCUCAGGCAGUAACGACAAUCUCACUGAAAACACCACCAAGGAGAAAGGAGGAAUCUUUAGCGGUGUGUUUAAGAAGAAAGUUGCCAAAUCUCAGUCGACGGAUGAUUUGUCUAUGGAUGUUGAACUCUCUGCCAGCAGUGAAAAUCUCACAGAGAAGUCUUCAAAGGGUGAAGUGUCAGCAAAGAAGAAAAACCCUUUCAGCUUCUCACCUCAGGAAAAGGAAAAAACUGAGCUAUCAGGAGACUCCAAUGAGAACAACUCUAGUGCAGAGAAGCCCAAAGCCAAACAGAACGGUUUCAGUGCGAUGAUGAAGAGCACGUUCAACCCUGACAAAAAGGAGAAGGACUCUGACUCUGACAAAGAGGACGCAUCAGACACAGAGGGCCACAAACAGAAUAAAUUUGCUGAGGCGAUGACAAAGCUGAACCCAUUUCGAAAUGCAAACAAAAAGGAUGCUGAAGACGCCGAAGAAAUGCUCAAGGAGAACGAAAAUCAAAUGGAAGAGAAGCCGAAAACGGUCAAAGGCAACAUGAUCCAGCGAGAGAGGAAGGAAAGAAGUGAAACUCCUCUGGUCCCUCUCAGACCGACUGAAGAGGAGAUGAAGAGGACGUCCACAUACGACAAAGUGAAAUCAAGAGGAACUGACAGUAAUCCGGGAGACAAGGAAAUGAGCUCUAAAGAAAAAAUAACUCCUGUAGUUCCUGCCAAACCGUCAGAGGAGGAGGUGAACCGAACAGUGAGACGUGGCUACCAAAAGCAGAAGAAAGACACGGAGGUACAGAGCCAGUCAGACGAUGAAAUCCUUAAUGAUGACGCCUCUCAAGACAAAAGACCCAAGGUGAAAAAACACAAGCCCCAUAAUCCGUUUAUGCUACGUGGUGCAGCCAAGGCUCAGUCUGACGAUGAAGGGCUGAAAGAGGAAGACACCUCUUCAUCAAAGGAGGAAAAGAAAGAGGGAGAGGACAAGGAGCAAACUGAGGAGACCAAAGUCAAGAAACCCAAGAGACAUAAUCCCUUCAUGGCUCGGGUCAAGGCUUCGUCUGAUGAUGAGGGGCUGAAAGACGAAGCCGAAAAUUCUUCAUCCAAAGAGGAAAACAAAGACGAAGAGGGCCAGGAGACAACAGAGGAGACCAGAGUGAGGAAACCCAAGAAGCACAAUCCCUUCCUGCCUCGGGUCAAGCCUAAAGUUGUGAAGAGGCCAGCACAGGAUGGAGCAGGAAACUCAGCAGAGAAUGAGAGAUCUUUGUUUGACCAGCUGGAAGACUACCGUAUCGACCCAGCUCAACCUAGAGGCUCAGAGGAUGGGGAGGAUCUCAUGGAGUGGUGGAACACAGUGGAGUCUUGGGAAGAUGCACCUCAAGACGAACGCAUGACAGAAAAAGAAGAGGCCAAGGCGUUUGCUGUGACAGCCGACAAGGUGCAGAAGGGUAUCCGUGUCUUCAACAAACUGUUCACAGAGCGCGCUGAGAGCCUCUGGCAGCAUGUCAUUGACCUCAACGGCCUCGCAGACGGCCUGGACAAAUUCAACAAGAACACAAAGAUUGCUCAGAUCACUGGUGGUUCUACCAGCGCCAUUGGAGGGGUAGCCACCAUCGCCGGUCUGGCUCUGGCUCCGUUCACUAUGGGAACCUCCUUGAUUGUCACAGCUGUAGGAUUGGGUGUCGCAACCGCUGGUGGUCUGACGUCUGCAGGUGCCGGCAUCUCCAACCAGGUCAACAACUCCAUGGACCGCAAGAAGGUGGAGAAGAUUGUGCAGGACUAUCAAGAGAAGAUCUCCGACCUCAACAAGUGCCUGAAGUUCAUCAAGCAGGGAAUUGAGAACCUGAAGAGUUUUGACCUGAUGAAGAUGAAGAAAAACGCCUACAACCGGGACUUUCCCCAGCUCUCCGCUAGUUUCUAUGAGGAUGGUGCCAUGGUAGGGAAAGCCAUCCUUGUCAAUGCUAAUGAGAUCAUGCGUGUGGUGCAGAUCGCUAACGUGGCCGGCAGCACAGCAGCCAGAGCAGUCCAGAUUGCCAGUAUGGCCACCGGUGUUCUCACUGGACUCUUUGUUGGCAUGGAUAUCUACUUUGUGGCCAAAGACUCCAAAGAACUCAAGAAAGGGGCAAAGUCUGAGUUUGCUGCUAAAAUCCGUGAGGUGGCUACGCAGCUGCACGACGGCCUGGUGGAGCUGAAUACGAUCAGAGAGGAGCUGCAGUCCACCCAGCCCGAAAAUUACGAGAACAGUGCAGCUGCUGAGGAGAACGUAAAGAAAGACAAGGAUGACCAAUAUGACAGUUCAGAGGAAGAUGAAAUUGACCGCAUUAAAAAAGCCAUAAAGAAAGACUACGAGACCCGGGAAUACGUCUGACAGAAGCCUCAUAACUGGAAAAGGCCUUUGCUUUUUAUUUACUUUCAAAGAAAAGGUUCCUCUUCUUUAACUCCAGCUUCCUCUGAACUGUUGGCCUGAGAUGGUUGGUGCCACCUUUCUUGAUAUGGGAAAACACAAACAGAGCGAUUUUGAUUAUCCAACAAAGAGACGGUCAUUAGUUUCUAUAACUUCCGGACUUUCUUUAAUGAUACCUGACUUUUUGAUUCUGAACACUACAGGGAAGAGCUGAGGCUUUGCGGUGCAAUAAUGUAUCAUAUCUGCUUCUCUAGCUAUUGUGCCAACGUGUGAAACUGCCACAAGAUUUUGAGGAAGGUAUACUGAUGGGAAACAGAUAUAGAACAAAACCAUGCACAGGUCAUGCUUUAGACCUGAACAACAUGAAAAUAAGGUAAGGACUACUUUCAGAUUUUACAGUUUAGACUUUGAACCAUGCUUAGAGUUUCAGAGUGAGUUGAUUCAUAUUGAAACGAGAACUUUUACUCAGUGUAGCGAUCAUCUGUAUUUGUGAUUAGUGCCUUUAUUAUUUAUAGUGCCUCAGAAAUAAAGUAUAAUGCAGUUUAGCAUUCGUCUUUUAUCGCAGUGUUGUUGUUUUUGUGGUGGGGAUGCAACAAAACCACUUCACUACAUCUCAUGCUUGUGGUUUUGGUUACUAUUUUAGCCGGUCUCAAGUCCUCUUUAGCGACUGGAAAUCAUCUCAUUUUGGAGAAUGAUCUUUGUUUUAAGGUGUUUUUGAAAAAUCUGUUCAAUCAGCAACCUUCGAUCAUGAAAAAUAAAGUGGAAGUGCUAAAAACUGCAGUUCCUCAAAUGUCCACUUGAGGCUGGCUACAAGGGCCGAUGAAAUUCCAUUAACACCCUUUUUAAAAUGUUCCACUUUAGAGCAGAGAGAAAGAUAUUUAGUGAUGUGUACUUUAGGUAUCUGUUUAGUCAGAUGCUAACAUAACCAAAGUUGUUUUGUAAUAUCUGUAGACGGAUGUUUUGAUAUACUUAGUAUCCUGGCAUUUUUUUUAAGUUAUAUUUUUGGGCUCUUGCGCCUUUUUUUGAUAGGUCAGCUGAGAAGAGACAUGAAACGUUGGGAGUAGAGAGCGGGGGAAGAAAUGCAGCAAAGGGUCACGGCCGGGAGUCGAACCGGCGACCUCUGCGACGAGAACUAUAGCCCUUGCAUAUGGGGCGCGCUUAGACCGCUAGGUCAAUAGCGCCCCGAUUAAUGCCACUUUAGACAAUUGUUCAAAGGCUUUUUUAUCAAAGGAAAGGUCAGAUAUGUUGACCACUUUGCAUCUUGUGUCAGUCUAUAGAGGCAAUAUAUAAGUAAGCCAACAUUAGCUUCAUCUGUUGGGUACAUUAGCUAGCUAACAUUUUGGAUGCACUUGGCAGGUACUGGGUGUAAAUGUUGAGUAACAACUAGCUUCUAAGAGAAAUACGUUUUACGAGGUAGCAUGGUUAGUGACAUGUAAAUCUCCCUUAAACACUUAAAAUGAUAACAAAGCUAACAAAUUAACUAAAUUAAAGAGGGGGUAUAAUGUCUCAUUUUCAGGCUUUGUAUUGUCCUUCUGAUAGCUAGCGUAAGCCUCCUCCACUGUUAUAAUGCUACAAAUGACAAAUUAUCAAACAUGUCUGACCCAGGAAGUUUGUAAAGGGACAGAAAGAAAAUCAACAGCAACAAAGAAAAGAGCAGGAUGUUUCUGUUUGGUUACGUUCAUUAAACUUGUUUUAAAGUGAUUCACCAAUCAGUGAUGUCACAAAUUGCGCAAAUCUCGUGUUACCCUCAGGUAAGUCACGUGACUUUUUAAACAAGCGUUCAGAACAGCCUGUGGUCAUUCUUUGAUUACUCCAACACAUGUUUACUUAAAGAUUUGAAACUUUGCCCACGUUAAGGGUCGACAUCCAACAUUUUAACUCAGUGUUUAUGUUUAAAAUCUUUGUUUUUAAUCUGCCAUGUGUCACAUUAACAGUUUUUAGGUGUAAGUGAUUCCUUUAUUAGUUGUCUGGGAUUGAAUAUGGGCUUUAAAAGAUAUAACAGACUUAUAUCAGCCUCUCCUGGAAAUAACAAUCAGCCAUUUCUUUGUAUGACAGCAUUACUAUUUGAAAGUCUGUUACUUCAGAGUCACUGUUUGAUAUGCAGCCUGCACUGUGAGCUCCAAUGAUGUCAGCCCCUUGGUCUGUUUAACGAUGCUAAUAUUUAUUUUCGGUAGCGGGUGGAGUUGUUCAUUUAACGAGAGCUGUAAAUGUGCAAUAUAUUGUAGAAUUCUACGCGUAAUAAAUGUAAAUGUAAAAUUGGUUAUUAAAAGUCUUAAAAUCCA